UCAAAUGGUGCCAGUAUCAAAUCAACCACAUGUCACGUCGCAGAGAAAAUACAUACUUGACGACAAUGGUGUUUACUUCAUUGAAUAUCUGAAUUCACAUAUUCACUGACAUAAACUCACUGGAUUACAAGGGAAUUUACAAUGCCUGACAUAUAAUCUGAAUUCAUAGUAACAACUUCAAUCAAUUACAACGGGGAAUUGCAGUUCUUCCUCUUCCUCUGCACCUUCAAGCGUCAUCGCAGCUUCUCGGCUCCCUUCCUCCUGCAGAGAAAUCAGGAGUGCCCAUUUUGCCACGCUGGGAAAUGACAUGACCAAGGAGGAGAAUAAUCAAUACUUCAAAGUAGCAAGGAGGAGAAGAAUCAAUAAUUGAAACAAAAGAGAAAGGGCUUACCCAUGGUUUUUAUCCAUGCCAUUAUCAAUACUUCAAAACUUCCAGCAAGACAUUCAGAAUACUAGCCAUCGCGGUCGGUGUGACGCUACUGACAAGAGUACCUACCCUACGACAGCCUACACACUGCACGCCAAACCUGGAGUACCUUUUUUAGAGGCUAAUGGAGUACCUUCCCUGUACAACGUGGGAGGUGAUGAACAAUCCGGUCACGGUCAGAGCCUGGCACAGCAACUUUAUAGGAGAAUUUCAGCUUGCGGCAAGAUCGCCGGUUUUGUAGGCCAGCUCGGGAGACUGGAGGAGCUCCACUUGGAGUUUUGGACCAUAAUAUCAUUUCACCAUGCUCAAGCAGUCAACAGACAGCAGGCACUCAGUAUGGCAAAGGAUGGUUAGUCCUUCUUUUGAUAGCCCAAACCCUGGUCGGCAGUACCCUAGCAAGGGCAUCACUGACAAGUAUUCGACUCCUUGUUCGCCUGCUGACAAGGAGCACCUAGGCUGAAGGAGCAGUAAGUUACAUACAAGUACCAUUAAUACAAUAUGUGCGGGUAUCUCCUUAUAAAGUUUUUACAUCUUUUACAUUACCUGUAUGAUGAACUGUUAACUGCUAGUACUUUCCUUCAGUGUGUCUGUAUUACCAGGGCUCUCUCCACAUGUGGUUCCAAUCAAAAUAGCUAAAGUUGUUUAUUUUCUGACAGUGACUGCUAUAACAGCAGAGAGACUUGUACUUGAAUACAUAUUGGUAGUAGGAUAAAAUAAGUUCAACAUGACCAACCAUACUUACCCAGCAACCCGCGUAUUCUUGUAGGUAUCCUUCUCUCAAGAGUUGACUUAUAAUUUUAUCAUUUGCAGUACACAUCCAGUUUCAACUAAUUGCAGAAACUUCAAAUUAGCUGAUUGCACCCAUUUGCAUGCCUUCUGACUAAGUCACUGCUCCUCUUCAGUCUUCAGCUUCCAAAAGUAUAGCUUUCCUCAUAAUAAGAGGAAAUCUUAGCUACCUAUUUGCACAUGUUCAUCCAGUUUACAUAAGGCGACGAGCCAUCGAGUACCGCACCACCAUCCAAUUCCUGUUUUCCUCAUGGCUUCAGUACUAAAAAUCUCAGGCGGCUUUUAGUAGUGUUCAGAGCAGUACAACUAGCCAGAUGGUUUUCAGGCGAGAUUCUUGAGAACACCAUGCAAGAACUCCCUUCCUCGCCCAGAAACAGCAAAAGUUUAUCCAUGCCUUUCCUUGGGCUUGCUGCUGUCCUCCUGCUCUUCUUUGCCUCUCAUACCAGCUCCUGCACGGAGCAGGAGAGUAGCUCUCUCAUCAACUUCCUAGAUGGGCUCAUGCCAGAUGGCAACGGUGGUCUCAACGAUUCAUGGGUGAAUGGCACAGACUGCUGCAAAUGGGAAGGCAUAAUCUGCAGCAGCGAUGGGACAGUCACAGAUGUCUUGCUGGCCACCAGAGGUCUCAAAGGGGGCAUCUCGCCAUCCCUCGUCAAUCUUACAGGCCUGUUGCACCUCAACCUGUCCCAGAAUUCGCUCGAAGGCAGUCUACCAACAGAAUUAGUUUUCUCCAGAAGCAUUAUUGGCCUCGACAUCAGCUUCAACCGCCUCGAAGGUCAUCUACAAGAGAUGCAAUCCUCAAAUCCCAGCCUUCCUCUCCAGGUACUGAACAUCUCAAGCAAUUUCUUCAUGGGACAGUUCCCAAAAACAGCAUGGGAGGUAAUGAAGAACCUGGUUGCUCUUAAUGCAAGCAAUAACAGCUUUACAGGACAAAUACCAUCCUUUCUCUGCAUCAAUGCCCCAUCAUUUGCCAUGCUCGACCUGUCAUAUAACCAAUUCAGCGGCAAUAUUUCUCUGGGGCUUGGAAGUUGCUCUAUGCCGAGAGUGCUCAAAGCUGGCCACAACAACCUUACUGGAGCUCUCCCUGACGGACUCUUCAAUGCUACCUCACUGGACCACCUCUCUUUAGCCAACAAUGGUUUGCCAGGAGUUCUUGAUGGUUCCAACAUAGUCAAAUUAAGCAGUCUGACUGUCCUUGAUCUUGGAUCGACUGGUCUCAGUGGCAAGAUUUCAGAUUCUGUCGGCCAGCAAAGAAGAUUAAAGAAACUCUACUUGGAUAAUAACAGUAUGUCUGGUGAACUGCCAUUGGCCCUUGGUAACUGUUCAAAUCUCGGAUACAUUACCCUCAGAAACAACAGUUUUACCGGGGAUCCUAGCAAAGUGAAUUUCACCAUGUUGGAUCUGAGGACAGCUGAUUUUUCAAUGAACAACUUCACUGGUACAAUUCCUGAAAGUAUCUACUCAUACAGCAACCUAGUUGUGUUGCGCUUGGCUUUCAAUAAAUUUCAUGGCCAGUUCUCACCAAGCAUUGGAAAUCUCAGGUCCCUCUCCUUCUUUUCAAUUACCGGCAACUCUUUUACAAAUAUCACAAAUGCACUUAAGAUGCUCAAUAGCUGCAAGAAUCUCACCUCCCUGAUGAUGGGAACCAAUUUCAAGGGUGAAACCAUAACACAUGAUGAAACAUUUGAUGGUUUUGAGGAUCUUCAGGUAUUGACCAUAGAUGAUUGCCCAUUGACCGGGCAAAUCCCUCUUUGGAUAUCAAAGCUUGCAAAAUUGGAGAUGCUAGAUUUAUCAUUAAAUCAACUCACUGGACAAAUACCAUCCUGGAUUGAUGGACUAGGCUUCCUGUUCUUUCUAGAUAUAUCAAGCAACAAACUUACAGGGGAUAUACCAGCUGCAUUGACAAAGAUGCCGAUGUUACUAUCAGAGAGAAAUGCUGCCAAGUUGGACACAAGGUUCCUUGAGUUGCCUGUAUUUUUUACGCCAUCACGUCAAUACUGGACGGUCGGUGCUUUUCCCGGCAAAUUGUGUCUGGACAACAAUAAUUUCACUGGUGUAAUUCCCCCUGAGAUUGGUGAGCUAAAAAUGCUCGACAUCCUGAAUUUAAGCUCCAACAGCUUAACUGGUGAAAUACCACAAGAAAUCUGCAACCUCACAAACCUGCAAAUGCUUGAUCUGUCGAACAACCAGCUCACAGGUGCAAUACCAUCUGCACUGAAUGGACUGCACUUCCUUUCUAGAUUUAAUGUUUCUAACAACAAACUAGAAGGGGAAGUUCCAAGUGGAGGACAGUUUGAUUCUUUUUCAAAUUGUAGCUACAGUGGGAAUCCAAAGCUAUGCGGACCUAUGAUCAGCAAUGACUGCAACUCAAGAACAUUUUCAGCCUCUGGGAAGCGACGGAACAACUUGCGUCAUGCAUUAGUUAUUGGAAUCACCGCGGGGGAUUCAUUGCUCUUAUUUUGCUUGCAUGCUUCCUUAUUGCAAGGUUAGCAUAUGAUGACCACACUGAAAAUGUGGUUCCCCUUCGCAGCAGGCGGUGAUGGAGAUCUUAAGUUCUCAGCAGACGUGGUGCUGAAGAUCUGAUGCUUUGAACAUUGUGCUUUUCUUCCCUCCUGUACUAAGACAUGGCUUAAGUCUACAUUGUUUGCCAGGACUUUACGCACAUCAUUCCGAGUUUGCCUCUGCUAUGCAAAUAUAGAAGAUAUUAGAUUUCAUGGGCCACGAUCUAGGGUGUAAUGUAGUUUCUCCCGCAAAAAAAAAAAGAUCUAGGGUGUAAUGUAGUUUCUCCACGCAUGUCAUCAAAUAUUCUAAAGAAGAUAAAUGUAUAAAUCCUCUAGUGCCCUCAACGUUUUUCCACAGAAAUGAGUCUGACCAAAAACUUUAUAGUGGGGGGUUUGGCUACACGCCUACACUAGGAGCCUAAUGUAACAAAUGAGGAUAGAGUGCUCCGACUCAGAAGCUUGAGCUCGAGAACUUGAUUCCGACGCCGUACCGAGGCGGCGCCGCAAGGGCGGCCCGAGCGGUGGCGUCCCCGUCGGCCGGCGCGGACGUGUGGCGGCGAGAGGGGAAACGGGCUAUGGGCUAUGGAGGACAUCUCAUGUGGGAGGGACAAGGAGAUCGGGCCGUGUGGGGUCGAUUGAAGGGAGCCUGACUGGGCCGGCCCAUCGACCUGUACCCCAGGCGAAAAAGAUAGCAAAAAGCGAGCCGGCGGGAUGAGAGGUUCGGAAGUGGCGACCAGCCGCUGGUGAUUCCGUGCUCGUUGCCACUCCAGCUAACUAGCAUUGUUGAUUUUAGAGCAGCGCGUAACUUAAAGAACUGACCGUAGCCGUAGAACCUGACAACUCUACUGUAGCAAACCGGAUCAGUUAUUGCAGCGAACUUUUUUUUUAAAACAAAUUGAGAACAAUUCUUUAGAAAGUUUACAUUUUUAUGAAAGUGU